AUGGUGUUCUUAGUUAGUUUUACAAUCAGAAGAAAGAACCUUCCUAUCCCAAUCUUACGUUCAUCAUUUGCAGAUAUGGACCUUAAGGGGCACUUGACCUUUGAAAGGAAUGAACAUGCAGCAAAGGAUUUUGGGAAUAUAUACCAUUUCAUGCCAUCAGCAGUUUUACACCCAAAAUCAGUUUCCGAUAUUUCCUCAACCAUAAAAUAUAUUUUUGAGAUGGGAACCUCUUCCGAGCUAACGGUUGCUGCCCGAGGAAGUGGCCACUCCUUGGCAGGCCAGGCACAGGCCUAUCGAGGAGUGGUUAUCAAAAUGGAAUCACUUCGUGAACCAGAAAUGAGUUUUCACACUGGGGAACUGCCCUACGUUGAUGUUUAUGCUGGUGAACUUUGGAUAAAUAUUUUGCAUGAGAGCCUUAAACGCGGUCUAGCGCCAAAAACAUGGACAGAUUAUCUUCAUCUCACUGUUGGAGGGACUUUAUCAAAUGCGGGAAUCAGCGGGCAAGCUUUCCGACAUGGACCCCAGAUCAAUAACGUUUACGAACUACAGGUUGUCACAGGCAAGGGAGAUGUAGUAACAUGUUCAGAAGAGCAGAAUACUGACCUAUUCUACGGUGUACUCGGAGGACUGGGACAAUUCGGGAUAAUAACCCGGGCUAGAAUUGCUCUAGAAACUGCACCCAAAAUGGUCAAAUGGAUCAGAGUUCUGUAUUCAGACUUUGCUAUAUUUUCCAAGGACCAAGAGCAUCUAAUAUCUUCAGACACUUCUUUCGAUUAUAUAGAGGGGUUUGUCUUAAUAAAUCGAACAGGAUUAUUAAACAAAUGGAGAUCCUCAUUCAAUGCCAAAUACCCUCUUCAAGCCAGCAAAUUUAAUUCAGAAGGAAGAAUUCUUUACUGUCUUGAAGUUGCCAAAUACUUCAAUCCAGGCAACUCUGAUCUUGUUAAUCAGAAUAUUGACACCCUCUUAUCAGAACUGAAUUACAUUAAGUGCACACUCCUCCUGUCAGAAGUCCCCUAUGUAGAUUUCCUGGAUAGAGUGCACAUCUCUGAAAUAAAACUUCGGGAGAAAGGGUUAUGGGAAGUUCCACACCCCUGGUUAAAUCUUCUUAUCCCAAGAAGCGGGAUUCACAAGUUUGCUCAAGAAGUCUUUGGCAAUAUUCUUGCAGAUACUAGCAAUGGUCCUGUACUCAUUUACCCAGUCAACAAAUCGAGCUGGAGAAAUAAAACGUCCAUGGUUACACCGGACGAGGAUAUUUUCUACCUAGUGGCAUUUCUAUCUUCUGCAAUAUCAUCGUCUACAGGAAAAGAUGGGUUAGAACAUAUUUUAACACGAAACAAAAGAAUUCUACGCUUUUGUGAAAGGUCGGUCCUUGGGGUAAAACAAUAUUUGGCCAAUUAUGGCACUCAGGAAGAGUGGAAAGCACACUUUGGCACCCGUUGGGAAGUCUUUUCUUCGCGGAAAUCUAUGUAUGAUCCUCUGUCAAUCCUAGCCCCGGGACAAAGAAUUUUCCGGAAAGCAACAGCCUUCAGACAACAAGGACCUCAAGAUAAGAACGAACUUAGUAGAGACUGGAGGCAAAUAAAUUUUAAUUCACAAGGCCUUUAA